CUGACGUUUCCAUAGCGGUUAGGGCUUCUAUCCCUGAGAUUCGACUGUAGUACGAGUCGUGGAUUUCACGUCUGGAGCAAAGCAGUUUGACUUGGCUGGAACGUAAUUUUCACUCGGUUCAUCUACAGUAAAGGACCUUUUAGACACCUGCUGAAAAGGCACUAUUUUAAAUGGGGAUGUACUUAUUUUUCAACCUGUCAUUUUAACAAUAUAGCUAGAUUCGCUGGAAAUGGUUGUCCGUGUGUUAUUUCGUGCAGUUAUUAUGGGACCACCCGGUUCGGGGAAAGGGACUAUAUCAGAACGCAUCAGAAAAAGUUUCGAACUGAAGCACAUCUCAAGUGGAGACAUUCUACGGGCCAACAUAAAAGCCAAGACGGAGAUUGGGCUUCUGAUGAAGUCCUGUAUUGAUCAGGGGCAGCUAGUUCCUGAUGACAUCAUGACUCGGCUCAUCUUGGCAGAACUACGAAACCUGGGGCAGAACAGCUGGCUUUUGGACGGUUUCCCUCGUACUGUGAGGCAGGCGGAGGCUCUGGAUGAUGUCUAUAAUGUAGACACUGUUGUCAAUCUAAAUGUACCUUUCGAGACCAUCAAAGAACGGCUCACCUCUCGCUGGGUCCACCUGUCCAGUGGCAGAGUGUACAACACCACCUUCAACCCGCCAAAAAUCCCAGGUCUCGAUGAUGUCACUGGAGAGCCAUUGAUACAGAGGAAUGAUGACACACCAGAAACGGUCACCAAGAGACUGAAGGCCUACGAGAUGCAGACACAGCCAGUUCUGGAGUACUACAGGAGCAAGGGAGUGCUGGAGGUUUUUUCAGGAACAGAAACCAACAAGAUCUGGCCGCAUGUCCACACCUUCCUGUCCGGUAAACUGGCGUCAGGAAACCACAAAGCCACUGGGACGGUGUAGAACCCAGGCCCUUACAAAAAAGGGUCAACCAGUUGAUCAGGUGACAUCAUUUUGGAGCACAAAGGAAACAAGUGUCCUUGCGCUUCCAGUUCAGGCUCCAAGGCUAUGUCACAUUGUAAACUGACUGACACAGCUUUAUAGGGUGCUUGGCAAGAAAAUAAAGAAAACAGGGCAGUGAAGGAGGGAGUGAAGGUGAAUGCACUAACGGGUGAACGAGGAAACGUCAUUCCGAAAGGAAGUCACGGGACGUCACCUGGGGCCAAGCGGUCAACACAGGGUUAUGUUCACACUCCUGAUAUUUUUUAGCAUUUUCAAAAGUGAUCAGAGGAGCUUUUAACUGAUAAUGUGAAUCACCGUGGUCUUAAUCUGAUGAAAGAUGGCCGACAUAUAUGUAUAACUAUGCUAAUUUUUUU